AUGCGGCGCUAUGCAUGGGCUCAAGCCACACAUAAGUGGCUUAUGGAUGACGUCCCGCAAAUGGCCGCUAGAGUUCAAGCAAGAUGCUCUGAUGAGAAGACAAACACUGGCUACUUGCGAGGAUGUGUUGUCGCUCUAAAUAUUUGGUUCUACGAAGUAACUGGUACCGGCAAGAAGGUGCGAUUUGAAGCUUUCAUCAGGACAAGCCACCGUGGAGAAGAAGUGGCUAGCACAAUACGUCUUGGAGCAAAAUCUAGGGAGAAAUCCACAGGGAAACGUGGACAGUCUCCCUCACCACCGAGGAGCCUACCACGUCAGGGUCGACAUGGUUCUGUUUCUGUUAAUCCACCGAGGGGGGUAAUUGAUGAAGACAUUGGGUUACGUUUACUGAAAAGUUUUGAGAAGUUGUCCGAAAUUGUUGGUGGGCUUCAAACCAGAGUUGAAGUAAUUGAGGGUCGUAGCCCUUCCAAUGUCGCACCGAUAACUGACGACACCAAGGAUUUGCCGCCGAAACAAGCGCCCAGCAAGAGAUCUCGAGUGAAGAAGGUUGGCUGUAGGCGAAGACAACCAUUGCCUAUUCCCGUAUCUAAUAUUUCUGAUUAUGCUCCUCUUAAGCCAGUUACACGGCAGUCUACAAUGUCUGCGAUUUCGCAAGCCGAUUGCCGACCAGAAGAACGACCUCCAAAAAUUGGCCGAAAGGGCAAAGUCAAGACAAACUCAACUCCUUCGUCACCGAGUUCGUCUUCUGGACCCACAACACCAUCCCCACACCCUUCCCUCUCCACACCAGCCAAGCAAUCCCCACACGCUUCCCCAUCAGCACCUGCUGCACCAACCCCACCCACUUCCCCCUCCGCACUCGAUCCGUCAUCCCCACUCCCUCCCUCCUCCGCAACCAACAAGUAA